AUGUCUGCACACCUGGAUAUCAAACAGUUAGAAGCAUUAAGUCCAUUUGAAUUUAGAGAUCGAUUAAUAGAAGUAGCAAAAGCAAGUUCAAGUGAAUCUGGAUCAGGAAAUGUGGCUAUAUUGAAUGCAGGCAGAGGUAAUCCAAACUUUUUCGCAACAGCUCCAAGAGAUAGUUUUUUUCAACUUGGUCUUUUCGCUAUGAACGAGUCCAAACUAUCAUCAAUGGAUCCAGAAAAGCGUGUGGGAGGUUUCCCGAAACGUGAAGGCAUUGAAAAUCGUUUCAACUUGUUUUGUACUGAGAACAGUAAUGUUAAUGGUGUUGCAUUUUUACGUGAUGCUGUCUCGUUUGUACGUGACAAUUUGGAACUCGAUGUUUCUCAAUUUCUCUACGAAAUGUGUGAAGCUAUACUUGCUUGCAACUAUCCAGUACCUGACCGAAUGCUCGUACUCUCCGAACAAAUCGUUCGUCAAUACAUACGUCGGGAGAUGUUUGGGAAACAUCCACUCAGUGGUGAAUUCGAUCUCUUUGCUGUGGAAGGUGGUACGGCUGCAAUGACCUAUAUUUUCAAUUCCUUGCGUAUCAAUGGACUACUCUCGCAAGGUGAUACAAUUGCUCUUGGCUUACCUAUUUUCUCGCCAUACAUGGAAAUCCCGCACUUGUCAGAGUAUGGUCUGAAUAUUAUUAAUAUUUAUGCUGACAAAGAUCAAAAUUGGCAAUUUCCGAAAGAUGAACUUGACAAUUUACGUGACAAUAAGGUUAAAGCGUUCUUUCUUGUCAAUCCUACCAAUCCAACGUCAGUUAAACUCAAUGAUAAGAGUGUUGCUUAUAUCGCAUCAAUUGUGAAUGAUCGACCCGAUCUGAUUAUUCUAACGGAUGAUGUUUAUGGUACCUUUGCUGACAACUUCGUUUCUCUGUUUGCCGAAUGUCCGAAAAAUACGAUUCUCGUUUAUUCAUUCUCGAAGUACUUCGGUGCAACCGGCUGGCGACUUGGUGUCAUUGGUAUUCAUCAUAACAACAUUAUCGAUGAAAAAAUAGCAGAAUUAGAUAAUGGGGAAAAAACAGCUUUACACAAGCGUUAUGAAUCGAUUACACCUAGACCUGACUCGCUCAAGUUCAUCGAUCGACUGGUAGCCGACAGCCGUUCAGUAGCAUUGAAUCACACAGCUGGAUUAUCGACACCACAGCAAGUACAGAUGGUACUCUUCUCUCUUUUUGGUCUUAUGGAUACUUCUGAUUCAUACAAAAACUGUGUGAAAAAAAUUGUUCGCGAUCGAAAACUUGCUUUAUGUGCGGCUAUUAGCCACAAUUUCGAACAUGAACAGGACAAUGUCGAUGCUGUUCACUACUAUCUUAUAGUCGAUUUUGAAAAACUUGCUGAACAUAUGCACGAUUCAUCCUUUGCGAGCUGGUUACGUUCUCGCUUUUCUAUAAGCGAAAUCUUGCUCAAACUUGCUGAAGAUGCUUGUGUCAUUCUACUACCAGGACAGGGCUUUGGUGCAUCGCGUUUAUCAGGUCGUGUAUCUCUUGCAAACUUAAGCGAAGCAGAGUACACAUCAAUAGGCAAAGCUCUGAAGGAUCUCGUCCAAUCUUAUUUUGACCAGUAUAAAAGAGAAACUCCACAAAAGUAA